AUGGCUCCUAGUUGGACAAACCUCGUGAGGUUCAUUAGCGAAGAAGAUGGCCAAAUUCACCUUGGUGAAGUCGAUUCAAGCAAGUAUCCAGAUGUUGGUAUCGCCAUGCUUAAUGGCGAGAGGGUUGCGGUCAAGUUGGUCAAAGGGUCGAUCUUCGAUGGCACGGUAACAAACACCGUUGUGCACAUUGCCAGACUUCUGGCUCCCAUUGGAAUCGAAGAAGUGCCCAUUAUCCGGUGCAUGGGACUAAACUAUCGCGACCAUGCCAAGGAGGCAAACAUGCCCAUUCCGGAUGUGCCGGUCCUUUUUGUCAAGCCGCGCACGGCACUCAACGGACCCUAUCCCGCAAAGAUAAACGUGCCAAAAAUUGCACAGGAUGGCUCUAGUGACUAUGAGGCAGAGCUAUCGAUCAUUCUGUCCAAGUCCGGUCGAGAUAUUCCAGAGUCAGAGGCGAUGGAGUAUGUGUUGGGAUAUACCUGCAGCAAUGAUGUUAGUGCUCGAACGCAGCAGUUCAAGAACAGCCAAUGGUCCUUCUCAAAAGGCCCAGUUCUUGCGUCUCCAUCUACCAUCGGCGAUCCGCACAAUCUGCAUAUUAAAGCUAUCCACAACGGCAAUGUGGUGCAAGACACAAACACUACGGAAAUGAUCUUCGAUAUUGCAAAGACCAUUGCAUAUCUCUCUCAGGGAACAACUCUAGAAAAAGGCACCGUUAUCAUGACUGGAACGGGUCCUGGAAUUGGCGCUAUGCGUAAACCUAAGGUCGUCCUGAAAGACGGCGAUGAUAUUAGAGUGGAAGUUGAGAAAAUCGGCACGUUGAUCAACAAGGUCUACUAUGAGUAA